AUGGACGUUCAGAAGCCGUCCCGGGCUGUAGGACACCAGUUUGGCGUCAAGCACCGCUCGUGCGGUCGUGAACGGCCCGAAGACAUUACCGACCUCGCGCGGGAAGCGAAGCGCAACGCCCUCAUACGCGCACAAUGGAACUACCUCACACAUAACGUCAACGUGCGGUUCGGAGAGUCGCCGCGCGACCAGCGGAGUCUGAAGUUCUUUCUCGCCGAGACGGCGCCGACCAUAGGAAACUACGGGCCAUGCAACAUGUUCUGGACCCGGCUGGUUCCUCAACUCGCAUUCGAGUUCCCCGUCAUCCGACACCUUCUCGUGGCCAUGGCGCUGCUGGAUGAGCAACUGGGCGUGUCGGAGACGACCAAGAUCAAGCCCGCCUCCCUUGCGCUGUGGCACUACCAGAUGGCGCUGAGGGGGAUGGCGAUGGUCGAAAGAGCCGACGAGCCUUUUCUCGUGCUCGCAUCGUCGAUGGGCUGGGUUUUCGAGUCGUUGCAAGGCAACUUCUCGGCGUCGGCCAUCCACCUCCGCGCGUCGGCGCGCUUGUUGAAAGAGCUGGAAUCCGGAUCGUCAGACCCGCUUGCCUCGGACAUGGUCGCCGCCGUGAAACCCAUGGUCAAUCUGUCCAUGUCGUUUUCAAGCAUCGUCCACGGGGCCAGUUCCCCGAUCGACACUCUCCUGGGUCCAGACGAUGGCGACUGCGACGACCAACCAACAGAGCCCUGGGCCGUCUCGAUAGACUCCCUCGCACAGGCACGGGACAUGCUCAUCGAGCGUCUGACGCGGUUCAAGCGCGCCGACGUGCCUUCGCGAUACACGGCCCUCGCGCUGCGUCGAUACAUUGUGAGCUGGCGGAAACGGGCGCGAAUACAUUGCCUGCCCAGCAAAGAGUCCAGUCUUCACAAACAAACCAUGCAGAUCCUGUUCAUCAUGGCUCUGUCGUUCUUGCCGGAAGACAUCGCCGGUCCGUUCAGCACGGCCAACGAAGCCGCAUCAAGGCACCUCCUGGACACCAUUGAGCGCUUGGCCGUCGCCAAGCGAGAAACAGCGUCGUGGGACGAAGCCGACAUCGAUGUCACUUUGUCUGUGGCGUUGGCGUUCCUGGCCGAGCAUCUCCCCGAUUUGUACUCCCGGAAGCGAGCAGGACAUUUACUAGCUUCGUUCCCAAGGGCGCCGCGGGCAAAGACCAACGACACUCGGUCGUCGACGAGUGGUCUCUUGUGGAAUCGAUUCAGGCCAGGUAAAGUGACGUUUGAGGGAGACGGGGACGGAGACGGAGAGGAAGGGGAAAUAGCGUCGGGCCUGGGACUUUCUGCCAUCGAGAAACAAUAUUCCCGUGUCUUUGACUGA